GAGGAGAUAAUUCAGAGAGUACAUGCCAGACGACAUCCCCUCCAGUCGCCGCCAUGGCACUUCUUUUCCAAACAACAUUUUGUGGAGAAUUAGCCAGACUUUUUAUGUGUUUACUGAUAUAAACUCAUGGCUACGGGAAGGCUAAACCACAUGCGACACACAGUUCAACACGUGGGACCGCCACACCAAAGCUCACAUGGUCUCGUCCUCCCAGAAGCCUUCAGUUGGUAGCGUAGCAACAUGGCGGCCACCGGUGCCCACCUAGGGCAUUAUGUCAAGAGAAACGGCCGAUUUCUGCUUAAUAACAUCGAGCAGUUAUGGGCUUACAGGGGUUUUGGCUGGACUUCAGCUCUGCGACAACAAGCUGCAGAAGCGAAUAAAGAACCAACCGAUGCGAUUGUCAUUCCCAGGAAGAAAACAUGGAGCAAGGAGGCAGUGCUGGCAGCUCUGGCUUCAACUACCAGCAGGUGUCUGAUGCCAGAGACGGUGUCCCUGCUUCUUGAGGUGAGUGAAGAAGCACUGAAGGAGCGGAUCAGCUUGAGGAAAGUUUCGGCUGCUGUUGAAAUGUAUGAUCAACUACUGCAAGCUGGCACAGCGGUUUCUAUGGAAACGUCCCAUGACCUGUUGGACCUGAUCUGUCUCUACUGUGACAGAGACCCUGUCCAGGAGGGAGAAGAGGAGAACUUGGAACAAAAGCAAACUCAUCUCUCAACUCUCCGGUCCUGGCAACAGCAUCACUGCAGGAGUCUGACAGCAGCCAGAUGAAAGCUGGUGUGACUGAGAGUCACACAACCCUCAGAGAGAGCGUGUGGCGCUAUUGAUGAGCUGCCGCUCCAUCACUUUACUCCCCUGGUGCUAACGUGUUGUCCUCUGAUAUGGAACCAAGAAAGGAAAUAAAAGUAAAUAUUUUAUACAAGUGUUCCCAACUUUUCCCAACACACCUUUUUUUAAAUAAUUUGUUGUUUGAGGUAACAAAUCAUAGUUUCAGGUUAUUAAAUACACUUUUAAAGACCCCAUAUGCACAUAUACACACAAAUAAAGAUUAAAUUCAGCAUAAAUGAGAGUUAAAUUGCCUGUUUCUGACCUUCUCCAACAAUACGGACUAAUUAAAGUAAAUUAACUGCUGUUUAUUUCGGUACAGUUUUAGACAACCUCGUCCUUGUGUAUCGAGCUAAUUCAACAAAUAUGUCCAGAGCUAAUUGGUACAGGUGGAUGCUGAUUGGCUGCAUUGGUGGUUCAACUUCCCAUAUCAUUGCAGUCAUGACAGAAUGUGGACCUCAUGUUGUGAAACAAGCUGGUGAAGUGAAAAGGAAGAAAUUAUUUAAAUUGGUCUGAAAUCCAAUCUGUGGCACUGGCAGAACACGACAGCUUUUGUUGACAGGUGGCGGUGUGAGCUCUGUUAACUGCCAUCUUUGUUGUGUUGUUUAUAACUCGAGAUUUCCUGAGAAAUGUGAAAAUUAGAGCACUUGUGUG